AUGGUAAACUUGAAGUUUGAAUUCCAAUUUGAAUUAGUACAAAUAUGAUAGGGUUACUGUAGGUUUUUGGAAUCCACGUGGAACCACGAUCUGAUAAGAAGGAAUGACGAUAGAUUUUAUGAACUUUGGAUGGAAUUUUGAGAAGUUCUGAAUUGGACUACCGAAAAGUAACCGGGUUUUUGAUUUUUUAAAUCGCACGAAUCUUUUGUGUGUGUCUGAUAUUUAUGUGUUCGAAAUAACUGGUCCACUUUCUUAGGGCCUAUAUAAAAUUGUUUUUUGCUACAGUAUCUUCAAGAUUAGAGUAACCUUAACUACAGUAUCCUCAAGUAAUUGCUUCAUUCUUUCUCUUUGCUUUGAACCAGUCUCUUUUCUAUUUUUUUUUUUCUGUUUCCACGCGGAAAAAAAUGUCAAAGAUAAUCAAUCAUUUUUGUUCGUGUAUAAUCUGUCGCCGUUUCCAUCUAGAUCUAUCUACUAACAGCUUCCUUUUUUACAAAAAAAAACAGUUUUGCAGAGAUCGAAAGAAUGGUUUGGCGAAUAUAAAUAUUCGAAUGAUUGUUUGUUUUUGAAAGAUGACAAAGUUUGGAAUAAAAUCAAGUUUGAAGGAGCAAAAAUAAGGAAUGUUGUAUUUACACAUUUGUGGUUUUUGGCGAUCGAUCAAAUUAAUGUUGCAUUUGUUGGAAGAAUUGAUUUAUUGGUAAAUUUUACAGAAAAUUUUGGAACACAAGAGAAGGUCACUGCUUUGAGAAAUCUCAGAACUCUGGGAAAAAAUUAUGAGGUGACAAAAUGACACAGUAAUUCUGAAACCCGGGGUUUUUCGAAUAGUUAAACCUUUUUUGGCGUAUUGAUUUUUUCACAAAUUUACAUAUUUUUGAAAUAUUAGAUUAUGAUUAUCAGACUUUCACUCUACAGUACUCAGAAUUUUAUAUUUUUGGCCAAUUCAGUAACUUUGUCACCUCAUAAGUUUAUCUAGAAUUUUUUCGGUUUUUUCUAUUUUAAAAAUAGUUUCCUCCAAUUGAGAUAUGUUCAUAAUUUUUAUUGUUUUCAGGGAACUAUCACCAAAUUGAACAUAAUAACUUUGGAAUCUGAACCUGCCAAUUUUGAAGUCGGUUUAAUUUCUGAAAAUGAAGAUGAUAAUGAGAUUCCUUCAACAUCGAAUGAUUCUGGUAUUCCGACUGAUUGGACUGUUUUUACAACUUCGAAAGAAGCAUUUUUACUCACUCCUCAAUUUAAAAUCUUCAAGUAAUCAUCUAUUUCUAACAAUUUUUUUCUUCAAAAUUUUUCUUCAGAAUUUUGAGUGAUCCAAAUGGACUGCAGAUUUCAAAAAAUCCGAUAUCAUUUCCUUGGCCAACAAAAAUUCAAGAAAUCUCAACUGGAAAUGAUUUUGUUGUAUUUCGAGAUCAUGUUGGAAAUCUAUUUUCAAUGGGAACUGGAACGUGAGCUAUUUAGAACUUUGUUGGAGAAAAACAAACAUUAAGAAUUUUUAGACGCGGUGAACUUGGAGUUGGAUUAAUUCGAAGAGUUGACGAACCAGUUCAUAUUGAAGAAUUAUCUGGAAUUCCAAUCAAAAAAGUUGUUUGUGGCGGAUGGCAUUGUAUUGCAUUAUCUGAAGGAAACGAUGUUUAUGGAUGGGGUUGGAAUAAAUAUGAGCAAUUAGGAAAGGAUAAGGUAUGAAUGAAGGAUUUGGCUCAUCUUGGUAUAAGGGUUCCAGAAAAAUAGAGGAGUCUUUCAAAAAUUGGACCUCAUAUUUUCGUGAGUGGAAUCCUUCAAAAAGUCAAAGUAUCAAGAACCCAGAUUUUCGUCAAAUUCGAAAAAUGUUUAACUAACAAAAAAAAAUAAAAUUAAAAUGAAAUUUUUCGAAAACAUUGAAAAAUUGAAUUUUCCAACAAAAAUUUUGAAUUACAAGAAUUUUUAGAUUUUCUUGAAGUUUUCCGAUUUCCCGCUCAAUUUUUCUGGACCACCAUGUGUGAUCUAUAAAUCUUUUAAUGUUUUAAAGAACUCCUAUAUUUUUCCGAAUUCUUAUAUCAAGAUACCUCGAGCCAAAAAUUCUUGAUAAAAGAGUUCAAGACAUAAAUAUCGAAAAUUAAGAUGUCAACAGAAAUGUACCCAACCGUACUCUUUGAUCUAAAUGAACACGAUGCUGACAAUUCGUUGAUCAUUGAUUACAUUGUAGCCGAUAUGCAUUCUUCAACCAUCUCAUUCAACAACAAAACCACAAUUGUGUCUUUCGGCAAACAUUCAAACUAG